AUUCUAGCCAGCUUUACCUUUCAAAGUGAUGAAUGCAUCUUUUCAAGCGGCACAGAAAUGAUUCACGACACAUUUACUAGACUUGUUAUUCCUGAAAACAUGUUUUUCUGUUUCUUCUUUCCCAUUAGUGGACGGUGGCCCCAUAGUCCGCCCCAUAAAUUGGACGGUGUUGUCCGUACAGUGUUUCCAGCGACACUGAACAACAAAGAACAAAUCAUGAAUCACUUGUGAAAAAACUCUAAUUUCACGAUGGUUACCUAGGAUAUUGCUAUCCCAACUUUAACAAAAACAAAGUGACUAAUCAAUUGUUAUGAAGAUGUUGCGUUGAAUACUUAGGUACCUAGAUUAGCGCUGCUGAGCAGCUGUCGGCCAGGUGACUGAUAUCAGAUUAGUCACACUCACAUUUCCCGGUGCCCACUGCAUUCUGACAACAACUCAUCUUCGUCGUUACCUAAAUAAAUACUUCUGCCUUUCCUUCCCCGUAACAUAUUCAAACUCUCCCCCAUACAUACGGUGCACCAUCGUGGAUGGCACCUGUUAAGACAUCAUGGGGCCGAGAAUCUUUGUUUGGAACUCACCCAAGGCCCGUCGCCAAUUGCAUCUCGGGCCAUCGGUUAAUGGCACCUUAAAGAUCGUGGAUUUACCAAUUCAAGAUGACCGCAGUGUACACCGCAGCAAGCCCUUUGACAAGUUGCCCGAUGAAUUAAUUCAGACCAUCCUGGAAUUUGCAUUCCCAUCGUCCGAGGCCACAGAUUAUCGCACUGCUUUGGCGCUGACCCUAACAUGUCGCCGCCUAUAUCGCUUAGCAACACCAUUCCUUUAUAACCAUCUACACUUUCAAUUGCCUUUCUCGAACCACUCUAAUGCCUUGAUGCGCAUGAAUCCAGCAAAUCAAGUUUACUGUCGAAAAUUAAACAUCGCAUGCUCAGAUAUGCACGGUGCAAUGACUGACGAGGAUUGGGUGAUUACUACCGCCUUUCUAACGAAAUUCUCCAAGACACGUAGUCUGGUUAUCCAUGGAGGAUUCACAAGACACGGCAUCGAACUUUGGCCCUUAACUAGCAAAUUGUUGGCGAAAAUGCCCUCUCUCCAGCACCUAACUCUCAACAGGCAGUAUUGGGGCCUUUUACUGCCACGCAUCAAGAAAUACGUUCAAAGCCUGACACUCAAGAGCUUGAAGAUUCACGGAAUAUCAGAGUCAAAAGAGGCACCGGGAGGCUUGUGUGGGCCAGCCUCUUUUAGUGAUCUCGAGCUCUCAGAUUACGAAGAGAAUGCCAAGGCCACACGCGCUCUGAUUCGAUGGCCCAGAAAGCUUCGACGCUUCCACUUCGAGAGCUUUUACAACAAUCGUCAUUAUAUGGACCUGACCAUGUUCGGAAACUGGCUUUCGAUCCAUAAAGAAGCCCUUGAGGAGAUAUACAUCGGCUACCUGUCGGGCGGUAGCAAGGGCAAGAUUAUCGACCUGUCUAGAUUCACUGCUCUCAAAUCCCUUACCCUGUCCAGAUACUCCUUUUCAGAUGACCUCAAAUCUUGUGCUACCGACGCAAGCCUCAUGCUUGCGCCUAAUCUAGAGACAUUCACCUGGAGUUUCAGUAUUUACGACCAACACUGCGAAUCGUGGGAUGCCAUCGGCGAGAAGGAGGAACUGUGGCUACAGCAAUUGGCGAAGAUCGCGGCGUCCAGGCCAACUCCGCUCAAACGGAUCCACAUCACCUUUGACCCUGAUUAUUGGGGGUAUAGAAUAGAAGAUGGGUACCCGUGGGAUCGCUUAGACCGGGUAAAGGAGUCCUGCCGUCAGCUCAACAUCGAGCUGACCUAUACCAAACCAGCCCUGACGAAAAAGGAAUGGUUGGAGCAUGUCGCUGAAGAAGAGAGAAUAAGCGAAGCACAGGCUCAGAGGGAGCGCGGAGAGGGGGAAGGAGUGGGCGAAGGGGUGGAAGAGGGCUCGGAAUCUGAGGAGCCAAAGAAGAAUAAGGAGGGAAGGGAUAUCAGGGAGUACUUCGCCCAAAUUCGUGGAACACAACUCCAUGAUAAGUGAUUGACUGUUAGAAGUCCUGUUAGAUUCGUGUAUCGGCCAAGAACCUAUUAGAAAUGUCACAUUAGAAUUGGCAAUCCGAAUAUGAGAAACCUGAAAACUUCA